AUGGCGCCACCUCAGAUCAAGCAAGAUCUGAACCGCUCUGGCUGGGAAACAACCGAUUUCCCCUCCAGCUGCGAGAAUUGUCUGCCCGAUAACCCUUAUGUCCAGAUGCUAAAGGAGGAGUUUGGAGCCGAAUGCAAGAUAUGCACCCGUCCUUUUACUGUCUUCCGCUGGAAAGCCGAUCGGACCGCCCGAACAAAGCGAACCAACAUCUGUCUCACUUGUGCUCGGUUAAAGAACUGCUGCCAGUGCUGCAUGCUCGAUUUGUCGUUCGGAUUGCCCAUCACAGUCAGAGAUGCUGCUCUCAAAAUGGUCGCACCGGGCCCACAAUCUAGUAUUAACCGAGAAUACUACGCCCAAGAACACGAGAAAGAACUAGAGGAAGGACGAGGCGCAGUUGAAGCAUAUGAAAAGACAGAUGAGAAAGCCAGAGAUCUGUUACGCAGACUGGCGAACAGUGAGCCAUAUUACAAAAAGCAAAGGCGACUGGAAGCAGAGGGGUCUCAAUCCGAACACCAACGACCGCCACCAAAAGAGCAGAAGCCAGGUGGCUAUGGACCUGGCCCCAUAAGAACUUCAGAUUCCAGAAAAUCCGCAAAUGCUCAUCGUGGUGCCAAGUCAGGCCCCAGUGGCGCCAGAGCAGUGACGGUGUCAAGGCCUCCUCAACCCGAAGAUUGGCUACCUCCCCCUGAUCCUAACAUAACCUCGCUCUUUGUCACUGGUGUUGAGGACGAUUUACCGGAACAUGCGAUCCGUACGUUCUUCACGCCAUUUGGCCAGAUACGGUCUAUUGUCUGUUCCCACCGCGCCCACUGCGCAUUCAUCAACUAUGCCACAAGAGAAGGAGCCGAGGCUGCGGCAGCUCAUUGUCAAGGAAAAGCAGCCAUCCAGGGAUGUCCGCUGCGAGUCAGAUGGGGCAAGCCGAAACCACUUGACAAUACAGAUCGGGAUCAGAAAAUGAGCUGGGCAAGAGAAGGUCGGGAAACCGCAGCUGCUGUCAAGGCUCAGCAGCCUGGUCAAAGGAGAAUCGCAGCCAACGAUAGCCAACCUCAAAUCGAGGGUGGAGAGGAAGGAAAUUCAAGUUUCACGGUGGCACCUCCACCAGGCCAAGGGGAAGUCACCUAUGCCAGUUUGGCUGGUGAUUGA